AGGUUCGUGGUAGAAAUAAGAUGCUUCCUCUGUUUCUGGGAGUAUGUAUAUGCUGUUUCAAGUGUGAUAUAUUAUUGUAUGUGAACUUGUUGAGAUGAUUUAAUUGUAAUGUAUUGAAGUAUUGCAUGGGGGAGAAAAAAUUUGCAUUAUGGGUGAUUUUAACACUAUUAGAAAGGCAGAGGAAAGAAAGGGGAGCUCAGGUGUGACCAGAGAUAUGAGAGAAUUCGACAGUUUUAUACAGGCCAUGAAGUUGGUUGACAUCCCAUUAGUGGGUAGGAAGUUCACUUGGUAUCAAGCAAGAGGCAACUAUAUGAGCAGAAUCGACCGGUUCUUACUCUCAGAAGGGUGGCUAUCGAAGUGGGGAGAGGCCAGGCAAUGGGGCUUGAGAAGAACUGUGUCUGAUCACUGUCCGAUUUUACUAAAACACCAUACCAUUGAGUGGGGCCCAAAGCCAUUCAGGUUCUUCGAUUCUUGGCUAGAACAAGAAGGAUGUAGUAAGUUGAUUAAAGAAGUGUGGAAUGACACCCAAAUCCAAGGGUGGGCAGGCUUCCGUCUCAAAGAAAAGUUGAAGACAACCAAGGAAGCUUUAAGGAAGUGGAGCAAAAAUCUAAUUCCAGCAUUGGAUAUUAGAAUAAAUAAUGCUACUUCCGACAUCGCCAAAAUUGAUAUGAAGGGGGAAAUGGCGCAUCUGUCAGAGGAAGAAAUUGAGAGGAGAAGAGAAGCGUUCAUUCAGAUUUGGGAGAGUUUGAAAAGCAAGGAGAGCAUGAUGCAACAGAAAUCAAGGAAAGCUUGGGUGGCUCAGGGGGAUGCCAAUACCAGGUUCUUUCACAACUGCGUGAAGGGCAGAUGGAGAAGGUCAGAAAUGAAUAGCAUACAAAUAAAAGGGGUUCAAACCAGGGAUGUCAACAAAAUGAAAGAGGAAAUUGCUUGUUAUUUUGAGGAUCUGUAUGCUGAGGAGAAGAGGGUUAGACCAAGGCUCGAUGGGCUGGGUUUCAAGCAACUUACAUGGGAAGAUAAUGACACCCUUAUUUCUCCCUUCAGUGAGGAUGAGAUAAAGGUAGCAGUAGGAGAAUGUGACAGCUCGAAGGCCCCAGGUCCUGACGGAUUCAAUUUCAGGUUUGUCAAAUCUGAAUGGGAUGUAAUUAAAGAUGAUGUGGUGAGAUUCCUGCAAGAAUUCCAGGCAAAUGGCAAACUGGUGAGAGGUCUAAACGCUUCUUUUAUUGUCCUUGUGCCAAAAGUAGAAAAUCCAGUUCAGAUUGAGGAAUAUAGACCUAUUUCUCUUAUUGGAGUGAUAUAUAAAAUCUUGGCUAAGCUUUUAGCCAACCGGCUGAAGAAGGUGCUUGAGAACGUAAUCGGAGAACAACAGAUGGCUUUCCUUAAGGGAAGACAGCUGAUGGAUGGAGUAGUUAUAGCAAAUGAGGUGAUUGACGAAGUAAAAAAGAAAAAGAAGAAAGCAUUCUUAUUCAAAAUAGACUUCGAGAAAGCUUAUGAUAAAGUAAGCUGGUCUUUUCUUGAUCACAUGAUGCAGAAGAUGGGUUUCUGUGAGAAAUGGAGAUUGUGGAUUCAAGAAUGCCUUCGAUCUAGCCUGGUAUCAAUCCUAGUUAAUGGCAGUCCAAGUAGGCAAUUCAAAGUGACAAGAGGUCUAAGGCAGGGGGACCCUCUAUCUCCGUUUCUGUUUUUGAUUAUUGCAGAGGGUCUAAAUGGGCUGGUUUCAGAGGCCGUUAAAAAUGGGAAGCUGGAAGGUGUGGAGGUGGGUAACAAAAGUUUUAGUAUUUCACACUUACAGUAUGCUGAUGACACGAUUCUGUUCGGUAAGGCUACGGAAGAAAAUGUGUGGGCAAUGAAAGGAAUCUUGAGAGCAUUUGAACUGUUCUCGGGUCUCAAAAUUAACUUCAAUAAAAGCCAACUAGUGGGACUUGGCAUGGAGGAUGAUUGGCUAAACAAAAUGUCAUGGGUGAUGUGCUGCAAAAAAGGUGCCUUGCCAAUUAAGUACCUCGGUAUCACAGUUGGAGGAAGUUGCAAAAGGAUCGCAUUUUGGAAACCAUUGGUAGAAAUAUUUGAAAGGAAGCUAGCUACAUGGAAGGGCAGAUACUUAUCUCUAGGGGGUCGGAUUACGCUUAUUAACUCAGUGCUGUCAAGUCUCCCCGUCUUCUGGAUGGCGAUGUAUGUGAUCCCAAAAGGUACAAUUUUUUUACUUGACAAAAUUCGUAGGAAAUUCUUGUGGGGUGGGUCUGAGGGGGGGAAGAGGAUUAACUGGGUCAAUUGGGAAAAUGUGUGCAAAGAAAAACAUCUCGGUGGUUUGGGGGUUAAGGAUCUAAGGAAGUUUAACCUUGCCUUGUUAGGCAAGUGGUGGGGGAGACUUGUGAGAGAUGACAAGGGGCUCUGGGGUAAGGUUAUUUUUGAGAAGUACGGGAAGGUAGGGGAACCAAGUUACAAUUGGUUGAGGGAGGGUUUCAAUUGUGGGUCUUCAUGGUGGAGGGAUAUUUGCAGGUUAAGUGACAUGGAAGAUAACAACAAAGGGUGGCUUGCAGAUGGAAAAGAUAAAAAGAUAUCCCAAAUGGGAAAAUGGCAGGAUGACUCAUGGAAGUGGGACUUUGAGUGGAGAAGAAACCUGUUCAGCUGGGAGGAACAACAGGAGGCAGCACUCAAGGCAGAGAUCCAAGACACUAAAAUAGAGAAGGGAAAAUCAUAUGUGAGGAAUUGGGUCCAUAGCAAGGAAGGAAUAUACACAACAAAAUCAGCAUACCAGGCCUUGACAAGGGCUCACAGGAGUGUCCAGCGGGGACCAGCACUUAGUAAAGUUUGGCAGGAGUACAUCCCGAGCAAAAUUUCCGUGUUUGCCUGGCAAGUGUUGCAAGAUAAAAUCCCAACAAAGCUGAAUCUAUUGAAGAGGGGAAUCAUUCAAGACAUUGCAGACUAUAAGUGCAUUCUUUGUGGCUUAGCUAGUGAAGACCCCAAUCACCUCUUUAUUCAUUGCAAAAUUGCGUGGGGUCUUUGGAACAAUUGCUAUAGGUGGUGGGGUAGUAAGCAGGUGCUAGAUAGAGAUUGUGGGAGGGUGUUUGAUCAGCAUCCUUUCAUAUUUAAUAUCAAAGAGGUGAGGAGGGGCUGGGAAUGCAUUUGGUUCUCUGUUAUUUGGUCUAUUUGGUUAGCUAGAAAUGAAAAGCUAUUUAGAGGCAAAGAGGUAGAGUCCGGCAGACUAUUAGAGCUGGUCCAGAUGAGGUCUUUUAAAUGGAUCAAAGGCAAAAGGAGAGGAAGCCUCUUCACCGUGACAGACUGGAUCCUUAAUCCAGUAAGCUGCUUGAAUUUGUCCCAGGUAGUUUAAGAGCACAAGGCUGUUGUAUUCCUAAGGCAGAUUAAAAAAGAGUCCCGCCAUUUCAAGUCGUUGGGGCCCUUAGCUGACCUACUUUAAAACAUGUAAAGGGUUCGGAGUACCCCUGUACUCCAAAUCAAUAAUUUCUUCGCCUUUCAAAAAAAAAUGUAUUGAAGUAUUGCUUGUACUCCCUCAUUAAAAUUUUAUUUCUUCG